UUUGGCAUUCAAUAUUGCUUAAAUUCUGUUCAAUAUACAUGUACCACCGCACAAAUAAACAAACAGUGCUGCAGAUCAGAGUGCUCUUCAACCCUGAUGCAUCAAUGGGGUUAAUCAAUACUAGAGAAACCAGGCAGAAUAGCAAGGGGAACUGAAAACAGAAGCUGAGAACACCACUCAAAUGAGAGAACUGAUGUCAGUCUCGGGUAAGAGAAACUCUGGUAUACUUGCCAGAAAUCAUAAAGCAACUUCAGAGAAGGAGAAGAAAUGACUCAGUCUCAUUGGAUAUUGUUAUUUUUCCUAUUCAAAAUGAAAGAGGCUCCAAAGUGCCAUGGCGAACUCCUUAAUUCCUGUGAAAAGGUCAAAAUCCAUGAGGUUUCCGCUGCUUUGGGUAAAACUGCAAAUUUACCCUGCUCUGUUUCAAGCACAGAAAUGUGUCAGUACAGAAUGAAAUGGGUGAGCUAUACAUCAGCCAGUGCCAAACCAUACACACUGCAGACCUGGUCACCCCUUUCACGACACGACACUUCACAGCAUUUGCAUGGGGAACGGCUAACCUUUCUAUGGGGAGAGGAGGGUGUGGAAGUGGGGAACUGGACCCUCUCCCUGAAAGAUGUAAGGAUGAGCGACUCUGGAACAUAUAUCUGUCAGGUCUGGAUUGGAUGGCAGUGCGUUAUGCGCACACAUGUCAUUCUUAAGGUCAAAGAGUGUGAAGUUCUAAACCCUAUCGCUGCAUUACACAAGACAACAGUCAUCCUGCCUUGCCCCUUUACAAGCUAUCAAGGAAACACCCCAACCCCUAAAGUCAGUUGGUUUUUGGGUCCGGAAGGCCAGGGGUCCCUCAUACUUCGCCAUCCUCCUACACCAUCUUCCCCAAACUCCAGUGGCCCCAUUUCAUUGCAAGGACGAGUCAGAUUUUCAGGAGAUCUUAAUUCAGGCAAUGCAACAUUAACUAUUUCUGAGCUAAAUUUGAAUGACACUGACUGGUACCGGUGCACACUGCACAUGGGGGAAAACAAAACGAUUUGUAAGGAAAUGAGGCUCCAUGUGAGAGAUUUUCCUGGAUCAGAGGUGACCUUGACAACUGACACAAUAAAUGUGUCUAUGAAGGCUAAUGCCAAUGAGGAGACUGGUGGAAGUCCCGCUGUUGUGGUGGUCUCAGUUUUAUCAGUGUGUGUUGCUGUGGCAGUGGCUGGAGCCUACAUCAGAUACCGCAAAAACCCAAUCUCAGUUGAAGACAACCUUGAGGAUGAGCCCUAUGAAAAUAUAAACCGUACUCGAGACUCAGCUUUUUUGCCUGAUACUCUUUAUACGCUUGCUCAAUGCGAUACACAGGAUGCUGGAAGCCACUAAAAAGGAGACAGCUGACAUGACUUUUCAGUUGAAUUAUUUGUUGUUGUUUUCAUAUCUACCCUGACAGUUCAUACAUGUACGGGAUGAAUUUGUUUGUUGUAAAUUAAGAAAAUAAAAAAAUGUAAGUACAUCUUUUUUUGAUUUGUGAACCAUAUGGUGUCUUACAUGUCCUUGCAAUGCAUGUCGGUAUAUUUCUAAAUGUUGUCAUGAAAUUAUAAGAACAUUUUAAAUUUAAAUAUAUGUAUAGAUUAUACACUCAUCUAUUAAUACUUAACCCUUCAAAUAAGAAAUAAUUGAGUGCGAGAAAAUAAAAUCCAACUCUCAAAGCCUGAA